AUGGCUGCUAUUCGUAAAAAAUUGGUCAUCGUUGGUGAUGGCGCUUGCGGCAAAACUUGCCUUUUAAUCGUGUUCAGUAAGGAUCAGUUCCCAGAUGUUUAUGUACCAACGGUGUUUGAAAAUUAUGUUGCAGAUAUUGAAGUGGACGGGAAACAGGUGGAACUAGCUUUGUGGGAUACCGCGGGCCAAGAAGAUUAUGAUCGAUUAAGACCACUCAGUUAUCCGGAUACUGAUGUAAUCUUGAUGUGUUUUAGCAUUGAUUCACCGGACUCGUUAGAAAACAUUCCAGAAAAGUGGACACCUGAGGUGCGUCAUUUUUGCCCAAAUGUUCCAAUAAUUUUGGUUGGUAAUAAGAAAGACCUACGCAACGACCCACAGAUGGUACGUGAAUUAGCGAAGAUGAAACAGGAACCAGUACGUCCGGAACAAGGCCGUGCAAUAGCUGAACAGAUCGGUGCCUUCGCAUAUUUGGAAUGUUCUGCAAAAACAAAGGAUGGAAUCCGAGAAGUGUUCGAAAAAGCAACGCAGGCUGCAUUGCAGCAAAAGAAAAAGAAAAAGAAAUGUGUCAUUCUUUGA